UUAUAUAACUAAUCGUCGUUACAGAAUAGAUGUUCACGACUUUACGUCGUUCAACAACUUGUCGAUGAUUUGACGUUCAUGCGCCAACUGUUCGUGCACAAUGUCUUUAUGAUAUGCAUCUUGUUAGUAUCAAACGUUAACACGUACUACAUUUGCUAUGAUAAUUCCGCCUACCCCACCAUUAUACAGCGGAAUUUAUUCGGUGCGUGUUGUCGAUAUUGUCCGAUGCCAGGGAAAUGAACAAUCCUGAACGGAGUGUGUUUGACAUAAAAACACGUUUUUAGUGUAACGUCAACGAUAUCAUCAAAAUACAAAGUUACAUCUGUAACGAAAAAAGGUAAAUUUUAAUAAUAAAAAAAAAUGGCAUUUCGUGAAUUAGUGGAGGGUGACUGUGGAGGACCUAGUUCUCUGAUUCAUCUUACAUCACAUUUUGUACGUGAUCAUGGGUUCAAAGAAGAAGGAAUACAUCGCCCUUUUGGGCCUGUGGAGCCUUUUCAAGCUUCAGACUCAGAUCAGUUAGUUAAACAAUUUUUAGAAGAGAAUCCUUCGUGUCCUCAGACAUUUAGAAUGGAUAAUUUAUUACAAGAAAUGCGUGAAAUUGAUCAAAACAUUCAUCCACCUAUAGCAGCACCAGGAGUAGCUCAAGAAUUAACUGGUUUAGAUACAGCUUGGGCAAAUCAGUAUCUUGAAUCAGGGCGCCACUUUAAUGAACAUCAUACUGAUGAUAUUUGGAAUCCAGAAAUUGAACAGAAUCCAAACAUUUUGAUUCAACAAACGCACGAAUUAGGUUUAGGACCAAAAUGGGCAGAAGAAUAUAUUGAGCAUAGCAUAGAUGCUAUACAAAAUGAUAUCGAAAAGGAAGAUACAACGCAAGCGAUAGAAAAUAAUGAUAAUCCUAACUUUGCAUAUUCAAAGUUUAUGAAAUUUAUGAAACAAGAAGGAGAUAUUCCAGUAGAUAGUAAUGAAGAAUCACUGCCAGAUUUUCAUACCACGUCCGAUGAGUGGACGGAACAAUUUGAAAACAAUAAUGAAAAGUCUGAAGACAAAGCUUCUAGUAAUAGUGAUCAAGAGGGUGAAAUUGUGGAUAAGGUAGAAGAAGGAGAAAUAGCUGUUGCUGGCAGAUGGAUAGAUGAAUUUCAAGAAGAAAAUGUUUCUUCAGAGGCAGACAAUUACGAAUCUGAAUUUUUACGACUUCAAAAUGAAUGGGAUAAAAUAUCAUCUUCCGAGGAAAUACUCACAAAGCAUCCAUGGCUUUCGGAGUAUGAUACAUUCUAUGAUCCAUUCAAAGAAUAUGAAUUUCACGAGGAAAAUCCUAUGAAGAAUGUACCUAAUGCACUAGAAGAAGGAAAAAAGAGAUUAGAAGCUGGAGAUUUACCAAGUGCAAUACUUUGUUUUGAGGCAGCAGUGCAACAAAAUGAAGAUGAUCCAGAAGCUUGGUUACUUCUUGGUAAAACUCAAGCUGAAAAUGAACAAGAUCCGUUAGCUAUUUCCGCUUUAAAACGCUGCCUGACUCUUGAUCCUACGAACAGUGCUGCUCUUAUGGCCCUUGCAGUUUCGUAUACAAAUGAGUCUUAUCAAAAUCAAGCAUGUUUAACUUUAAAAGAGUGGUUAUUAAAAAAUGAAAAAUACAAGUAUCUUUCAGUAAAGAAGACUAAAAUUGAUCAACAUCCAAAAUCCAGUGUAUCAUCCAUUCUAUUUGAUGAUUUACACGAAGAAGUAAAAAAUCUUUAUAUUCAAGCUGCACGAAUGAAUCCUCGGGAAGAAAUAGAUGCUGAUGUGCAGUGUGGUUUGGGAGUACUUUUUAAUUUGUCCAAUGAAUAUGAUAAAGCUUGCGAUUGUUUCCAAGCAGCGUUACAAGUGCGACCUAAUGACUCCAGAUUGUGGAACAGAUUAGGUGCAACUUUGGCUAAUGGUCAAAAAUCAGAAGAAGCCAUAAACGCAUACCACCGUGCCUUAAAAUUAUCGCCCGGAUUUAUUAGAGCACGUUAUAAUCUGGGUAUUUCUUGUGUUAAUCUUGGUGCAUAUAAAGAAGCAGGUGAACAUCUCUUAACGGCUUUAAAUCAACAAGCUGCCGGUCGCGGAACACAGGGUGAAAGCUUCUUGCCAAAAGCAAUGUCAAAUACCAUUUGGUCAACGUUAAGACUCGUUGUUUCGUUGAUGCACAAAUACAAUCUAAACGAAGCUAUAGAAAGCAGAGACCUUACUAGGUUGAAUAAGGAGUUUGAAAUUAUAUGAAGGCAUGCAAAACUGUUGAAUCUAUUUGUUAAAAAGUAUACACCGUUUUUAGUUUUUAAGGUACCGUAAAUACAAUGCUUAACAAAUAUUUUUUAAUAGUUCAAAAAUGUAUAUAUAAACAAAUAACUAGACUCAUGUUUUUACUCACUAUUCAUGUAUAAUUUCUUCACUACGAGAAGGAGUAAUUUUAAAAUAUUAAAUACCCGAUUAAGAUAUA